AUGUCUGACGGCGUCGAGGCUCGAACACAGUACCUUGGGGGUACGUGCCAAACAACUUAACCACACACACACACCCAUAGCGGCUUAGGAUUCUACAGACAUUAGGCUGCACUCGUUUGAACCUAUGUAUGAAAAGUACAGUAACUGCAACUGCUGUUACUACACUUUUCAUUUUGAGAUU